UGAAAACAAACCUUACACAAUAACAAUGAUUUAAUAUCUCUCUUGUACCACUGUCUUCCUGUUAUAUAUGGUAAUACAAUUGCAAACUGUGCUGCUUUAAAUAUUUCACGUCUAUUUUAUUUCAAACUUUCUGGGUUGACGCACAUCAGCACGAAUUUAUUUUUUCAAAGACACGAGUUUUGCAACGAAACAUUGCUGUGACUCAAUUAAAUGUCAAUUUUUCCGUUACCGGGAAUAGGUAGCGAAUGGUUUAUGCAUUGACAUUAGGCAAGAUAUACUCGCACAGAGCUUGAGAGGAUAAAUUGCACAAAGGUAUUGCCAAAAAGCUCCCAAAGUCAGAGAAAAGGCGAAAGAGCCGGCGCACCUCGCCCUUCUUUCGUGUCGUGUUUACUUCGGCGGUUCAACAUGGCAUCCUGGCGGUGCGUGCGGGUUCUGCUUACAAAUUCCGUGUUUUCAGUGCACAAAAUCCAUGUCCCGCGCAGAACUUUAUGUCAUGUGGCCCAUAGACCGUGUAGAAGUUCUAUCCUAGUGAAAAACGGCUCGAAAUGGGUCUCUUUAUGCCAGUACUCGACACAAAGGAGCGAGCCGGAGAAGCCCCGAGAGGCGCCUCUGGGCCUUGCAGACGAACUCCUAGCGGCCAAAGUGCAGCCAGAGCUAGAGAAAGAAAAGGCUGAGGAAGGAGACCACGAGAGCGAGAAGGAAAAGAACGAGAAGGCUAAGAGACUCCGGAGGCUGACCUUCAUAUCCUUCGGUGUGAUGAUGACGGGCAUGGGGGGAGUGCUGCUCUGGACCUGGGGUGCACCAAGUGUAGAUGCUGAAGGAAACGCAAUACGAGAUGAGUUUUCAGACAUGCCAGUUGUCCAGCAGUAUGUCAUGCGAACUUGGCGUGCAAUGAACGAUAUGAACAAAAUGAUCCAGGAACCUUCACGUGAAAGGUUACUACCAGAACCUUUGAAGGAACCAUACAUACAGCCUCCAUACACCCUGGUGUUGGAGUUACGGGACAUUUUGGUGCACCCAGAAUGGACGUAUGAAACAGGUUGGAGGUUCAAGAAGCGUCCUGGUGUUGAUUUCCUGCUCCACCAUUGUGCUCCCCCGCUGUUUGAGAUUGUCAUCUACACUAAUGAACAAGGCUUUACUGCAUUCCCCUUGAUUGACCACUUAGACCCAAAUGGCUACAUUUGGUACCGACUGUUCAAGGAUUCGACUCGAUAUGUUGAUGGCAAACAUAUAAAGGAUCUAAAUUGCUUGAAUCGAGACUUGAGCAAGGUAAUCUGUGUUGACUGGGAUGGAGAGGCAGUUUCGUCGCCUAGGAACCAGCUUAAGUUGAAGCGCUGGGACGGCAACAUGAACGACCAGUCACUUUUAGAGCUAGCUUUCAUGCUAAGGACAAUUGCUGAGUCUGAGGUUGGAGAUGUACGUGAGGUGAUUGAUUAUUAUCGGAACUUUGAAGACCCACUGGCAGCGUUUCGCGAGAACCAGAGGCAAGCACAGGAACAGGAACUGAUUACAAAGCAGAGAGUGGAAGAAGAACGCCAGAGUAAAUCCUUCACAAGCUCUUGGGCGUCAUCAUUCCUCAGGAGACGUUAAAAGAUGUGCUAGUUGGCUGUGUGGCAAGUGGACCAUACAGUCUGCAUUGGGUCACAUGAACCUAUUGACAAAAUAUAUCAAGAUAAGAUUAAUGAGAGCCAUCAUGAGGUCAACAUAUAUAUUAGUUUAUCAAAUGAAACAUGAUUGGCCAGGUGAUAAAGCUUACCAACGGAUCUUUAUCAAAUGUCAAGCAUCAAAAUUUUUAGUCACUGCAAAGGUCAAGACAAGUCACGUGAUGUACUUGGUCUUGAGGUGAUAUUUGUGCAAAGUGAAUGCUUGAAAAACAUUACAGUGUUUUAGAACUGGUAUUACAGAGUGACUGCUGAUUUCCUGCAAGACUGAAUGCUGAUUUAUGACAUAUUGACAUGUGAAUACUAUGAAUCUAGCAUAUAUAUAUUUUUUAUCAUGUUGAUUCAUUGGUUGGUAUAAAUCAGAGGAAAGAGAUUAUAUGCAUACAAGAGCGGAUUCAUAUGAAAUGUAUUGGUACGUUUACAAAAUAGUUUAAAGUUGUUUUGAUUUACAUUUUAUUACACCUCUUAUUAUUUCAUUAUCCAAUAGAAUUCUCAAGCAAAAUAUGGAAUUACUUAAAGUUUGAUGCAAUUCAUUGAAAUGCAUAAAUAUUUGUCUAUUACAGAAAUGCAUAAUUGUUUUUGGCAAAACGGAUCUGUUGCAGUGUGUAAAAAGCACAAAUUUUGAAAAGUAAUGUGCCCAAUAAGAUCCUCAAACAAAUGAAAAUAAAAGCUGAGGGAGAAGUUGAUGCAUAUAGUAUUGAGUAAUUUUUUUUUAUCUUGGUGUUCAAUGUGUAUAUAUGUGUACAAAUAAAUAUUUUUGUUACAUUUGCCCUAUAGAAUCGACUUUGCCACAGUUUUCUCAUUUGUGGCUGAUUUUGUAGGACAAUUUAAAUAUUCGGGCUAGCAAUUUGUUGGCAGAGAAAUUUCCUGGUAAUUAUGAUUGGUCCAGAAGAAAAAAAUGCAGCUGCAGUACAAGAAUCCAAAAUAUAUAUGAUCAGACCAAAAAAUGGUUCCUCCUGAUGUUUUUUUUAUGUAUUUUUCCAUACCAAAUCAAGAAACUGCAGGUAUUCAAGAACUUUCAGCCUUGCCCAGCUGAACCUCAUGGAUUGAUAAGGAUGGGGUGCAGAGAAUAGCACAGUUUUUUUACCUUGUGUUUCUGCACUUCAGACUUAUUAUGUCUUGUCUGUUUUUCCAUCAUUUGUAAAUAAAGGUUUAUUUAAUUAUC